AUGGCCGAUCUCACAACUAGCCUGGCUACCAGGUCACUCCCGAAAAUCGAGACGAUCCAGAAUGGACCACUGUCAGGUCUCCAGGCAUAUGGGUCGCUCCUCCUCGUCUCAAGCGUCAUCGUCGUUGUACUCAUCGCCAACAUCCUCGAACGAUGGCUACUGGAAAGAGUAUACGGCGAGAUCUAUGCAGUCUUACAGCGCCCUGAGAACGAAAAGAGACGGCGCUCCUUCACGUACUAA